GAGGAUAAAAAACAACAGUUUAGUGACUGUAAAGUGUAGCUAAAUAUCGUUUCAUAUAAUUUGUCUGUCAAAUAGUGUAGUAAAAUGCAACAUGAAAUUAAUUUGUAUAGCAAUAUGGAAGAAUUUUCAACCUUCACUGAACCAGUAACUAACCAACCAACUAGUGCCGGAUUUCCUGGGCCCAGGAGACCCAUACCCGUCUCUUUGAUCGAUCAAAAUUUGAACCGAACGUUUGCUCCUUUGUCUGGACUCGAUUUUUUGCAUGAUGUCAAUCAACUGAUAAUUCAACAAAGUAUAGAAUUGGCUGAUCUAGUAUCAUCUGUGUCUUCUGAGAAUAGAUAUACCAUAAGAAAUCCUAGAGGAGAUACAAUAUAUUAUGCAACAGAAAGUUCAGAUGGUUGUCAGAGGAUGUGUUUUGGAUCUGGUAGAGAUUUCAGUAUGAGGCUAUAUGACAAAACUCAACAGGAAACCCUUCUUUUGAAACGAAGGCUAGCAUGUGGAACUUGUACAUUCUGGUGCUAUCUUCAGAAAAUGGAGAUUUGGAUACCCCCUGGAGAACUUCUAGGAACCAUUUCACAAAAUAUGUCCUUCAACAUGAAACCUAAUUUUCAUGUUUAUAACAGACAUAACGAGUUAUUGUAUCGAAUAGAAGGACCAAGUUCAUUCGGGUGUUUACUAGGGAAAGCAGAAAAUUUUCAGAUAUAUAACUUUGAUGGUUCAACUCAGAUAGGAAGCAUCAUAUAUCAGUGGGACCAAGUUCAAGUGUCUUACAACAUUUUAUUACAAAUGCCUAGCAAUAUUCGGGAAACGAGAUAUAAGGCUCUUCUGAUGGGAUCUGCAUUUCUUUUGGAAUAUAUGUUCUUUGAAAGUUCUAAGAAGUCUCGAUGCCAUUGCUCAUGUUGAUUGGCCCCUAAAUUCUUGGGUUUAGAUUUCUUUCAUGAAAAACACUUAUUUAAUGUUCAUAUAUUGUAAUUGCUUGUAGGACCACAGCUACAAAUAAACUCUAAAAACUAUUAAAAUGUCAAGGUAAAAUAAUUUAAUGUAAACAACAAAAAUGUACACAAUAUAUAUAAAAUAUUUUAUAACUAUUUGAGUCUAAUUACAUAAAAAACAACAAUUCCAGAUCGAAUGAAAAC